AUGAACAACUUCCGUGACGCUGCUCCCAGUGAUCCUAAUGUUACUGUGCUUUUGGAUCAGGAGAAAGCUUAUGAUCGUGUAAGCCCUACGUAUCUGACGAUGGUGCUUCAUCAGUUUGCUCUUCCGGCAUCCUUGGUUGACAGUAUCUCGGGUCUGUUCAUUGAUACUCGCAUCCCUUUAUCCAUUAAUGGAUGGCCGGGUGCUCCUAUUGAACAACGACGUGGUCUACGGCAGGGCGAUUCGCUGUCGUCCCUAAUGUUUGAUCUCGCAUUUGAACCUUUCCUCAGAACCAUCUUGGCUUGUGCAGACUUACGUGGUGUGAUUAUGUCUACGGACAAACGCCCGACCUUGGCACGUCGAAUUUCGGUUGCUUCCGCUCCAAUUGAGCCACAGACUGAUCAUGUCCUUCUGAGUGCUCCAGCGAGCCCUCCACGGGUCAAAAUGCUUAGUUAUGCUGAUGAUUUGGAAGCCUUUCUGGCGUCUCCGGCUGAAUGGCCCGUGCUUUUGUCGCUCUUGUCACUCUAUGGCAAAGCGUCCAAUGCCAAGGUCAAUUUGGAAAAAACCGUGCUGGUGUCGCUGUUUGGCAAGCCUCAUGACGAUUGGAAACACUUGGCGGACUCGUCUAACGUUGUAUGGCUCGAUGAAUCUUUCAACUGGCUCUGUGAGAUAUCUCGGCUACCCUUUGUACCCUACCGAGGAACAGUUGGCUCAUUUCCUGGAUACUAUCACAGUGAAGGUGCAGCGUCAAUGCAAUUCGCUCACGAAGCGACAGCUCUCCAUACGUGGCAAGGGUUUGGUGGCAAACUCCCUUCUUCUGUCUCGUUUGUGGCAUAUUCUUCGUGUGGUUGUUAUACCCAGCUGAUUGCCAGCCUCUUGAGCGUGCUACCAGACACCAACAUCUUGGCUUGCUUACGCCCUCGCAUUACCGCAUUCUUGCAAUAUCUGUUCAAUGCUCUGUGCCCUUUUGAGGGUCCUCCUGUGUGGAUCAUUCCUGAUUCUCUCAGAUCGGUCAUGGCAUUCACCGACCAAGAGCGUACUGCCAUGCUGGAGAGCUCGACAACCCCCUCUCCUCCGGCUCCUAGCUUUUCGCACUGGUACAUCAUCACCGACCCGUGCUCAAAAGCUACAGUGGACAAGAUCACGCUCGGUACGCUGCGACGUUCAUGUCACCCCUCAUUUGAUAUGCUUCGUGACCCAGCCCACCCUCCUCGGUAUCGCCCACCACAUCUCUUGCUUCCACCCCGCCUCUGGCGUGAUAUUUGGUCCCUCUGCCUUCCCGCCAAGGCCUUUACGCGGUAG